AUGGCAACAAUAGAUUCAAGUACAAAGGAAAGCGAGAAGCAAUGCCUCCUCUGCUGUCAAGAAAUCGACAUCUUUGCCCUUGGAAAAUGUGACCAUCCAGUAUGCUAUCGUUGUUCCACUAAAAUGAGGGUGUAUUGCGAUCAAAAGUACUGUGCACUGUGCCGAGAGGAUCUAGAUAAGGUGGUAUUUGUGAAGAAACUCCAAGAUUUCGCAUCUGUACCCUAUCAGAGGUUCCCAUGUGAUCAAAAUCAUGGCAUAUAUUUUAAGGAUGAGAGAGUCUUUGCACAGUACAAGCGUCUUUUGCUGCCACAGUGCAUUCACUGUCCAGAGCCAAAAGUCUUCUCAACAUUUGAAGAACUGGAGCGUCAUAUGAGGAAGCAGCAUAAACGUUUUUGUUGCAGGCUCUGCUCAAAACAUCUCAAGAUGUUCUCCUAUGAGCGCAAAUGGUACACCCAAAAACAACUGGCCUGUCAUCAAACUCAUGGAGAACCUAAUGACACAAGUCACAGAGGACACCCACUUUGCAAGUUCUGUUAUGUACGAUAUCUAGACAAUGACGAACUGUUUAAACACCUGCGCAAAGAUCACUUCUUCUGUCAUUUUUGUGAUGCUGAUGGAUCACAAGAAUAUUACUGUGACUACCAGAAGCUGAGUGAGCACUUCAGACAGAGUCACUAUCUGUGUGAGGAGGGCCAGUGUGCUACGGAGAAGUUCACUCAUGCUUUCCGUACAGAGAUUGAUUUUAAAGGUCAUAAGGCUGCAGUGCACAGUAAGAACCGCCAGGUCAACCUGGAGUUCAACUUACCCCCAAGACCUCACAGACGAAAUGACCGUCAAGCAGCCAGAAAGGGGUCAUCAGCAGUGAGCGGUCAGAGAGGGGCCAUGAAAGACAAAAGAGCUUCAAAGGUGGAGGAGAGAGCAGAGAGAGCUUAUCCAGGGGAACAGCCAUCUGUGUCAGACCCUGUUAACCCUACAGCCAACAUGCCCCCACUAAAAACCAUGGCAAGCAGAAAUCCUGAAGAUGAGUUCAUCGGUUUGGGAGCCACUGUAGCAUCCCCGACACCACAAGACACUCAUGCACACCUUCAAGAAGAAUUCCCAAGUUUGCCUGUGACCAGUGUUUCUACACGCAGGCGUCCAGUGUACUUGGAAAGUGUUUCUACAAGAAGGCUUCCAGCGUACUUUGCUCCACCUAAAAAGACGACGUUUUUCCAGGAAGAGGAUUUCCCUGCUCUUGCUUCUAUGACCCACACCCCUGCUACGACUAAACCUGCUCCCAUCUGCCCAGGUCUUGAGCUUCUCUCUUCCACGAGCAUGCCAUCCUCCGAGAGGAAAAACAAGAUAGGAGAGAGUGGCAAAGCUUCGAUUAAACGGUCUAAUUCAAAAUCAGAUGAUGAGAGUGGAGGCUUGAUCCGGCAGGAGUUUAGGGCAGCGCCCACUUUGUCGGAUAUUGCUUCACUCCUCAAUGGAAAAGGAAGCGGUGAUAUGACAGAGUCCUCUCCUAGUCCAGUCCUGGUCUUGGGGAGUACUGUGCCUGAGUCUUCCUCCUCUAGCAGCCCUUCAUUGACAUCUGGGGGGUACCGUAUCCCAGAAGACUUUGAACAGAGGAAUCUGGACCUCACUUUAUCUAUUAAGAAGUACCUCCUCAACAACGAAUCAAAGUUCAACCAGUUUAAAAACUACUCUGCACAAUUCAGGCAGAAUGUCAUUUCAGCCACACAAUACCACCACAGCUGCAUGGACCUGCUCGGAGAGAACUUGAGCUGCAUCUUCAAUGAACUGCUCGCUCUUCUGCCGGACAUAAACAAGCAGCAGGAGCUACGUACUGCUCAUGUAGACAGCAGAGUGUUGGAGAACCAGACUGAGGGAAGCAAGAGGAAGAACAAAAAGAAGAACAAGAACAAAAAGAAUUCAUGCCAAACUCCUCCCACUAUUUCCAGUGCUGCUAAUGAAUGUGACUACCAGACUUGUCCCACCUGCAGACAGGUGCUAGCUCCCAAAGACUUAAUCUCCCACAAGUCUCUGCACACGAUGGAGAGCAAAGAGCUCCAUUCAUUCCUGUCAAUUAGCCGUCUCAUCUGCUAAGAAAACUGCAGCUUUCUUAAAUUAUCCAAAUGCAUCAGGGCUGGUGAGUGUCUUAAACCUUCAAAAAUAUGUUGGUAGAAGAAAUGUUCCAUUUACGGACAUUACUCACCUUUAUGUUACAAAAACUUAAACAUUUGUAGCAUACAUUUAAAUUUGUUUGUGCAGGGAUGACUUCGAUUCUGGUGGAAUCCCUCAGAUGACAUUUUAGAUGUGCAUGUUGCUUAUCCCCUGAUGCAGGAGCUUUGAUUUUAUGCUGCAUGUUGUGUUGAGGACCCCCUCGCAAAAAGACGUCACAUUUCUUCUAAAAAUAAAUAAACAUAUUUUUAUGUUUAUGGUGUUUAUUGUUUGUU